CACGAAUGUCCGCUUUGCCAUAUGAAAUUCCAACGUCCUGAGCAUGUGAAAAGACACAUGUUGUCGCAUUCAUCGGAGAAGCCCUUUGAAUGUCCUGAAUCUGGAUGUAAUAAACGUUUUAAUAGAAACGAUAAUCUGAAACAGCAUUUAAGA